AUGACUGGUGAUAUACCUGAGCCGGGUGAAUUGGCUAUUGUGCUCAAUGAAGAUGACUUUGAAGACUAUCUGGACCUGUGGCUUAAGCGCAGCUAUAGUAAUGUUUCCCAAACACAACCAAGAAGCGGUUGCACGUUAAGAGUUAAUGGUGAUCUCGGCCAGCCACAGCCGGUUUACAUACACAAAAACAACUAUCUGAAUCCAACUGGCAACACAGGCCAAAUACACCUCAGCACGGGGGAAGAAGUAACUAUUGCAUGCACUGGCACUGGGCGCACAAUUCUGCACCCUAACAUUGCCACUACAGCUAGUACCGGAAUUGCUACAUGCGUAACCAACACCCUCUUCACGGGCAAUUGGUUGAACGGGAAUGGCGCUUUCGCUGAUCUAACCUGUUCUUCGCAUUCAAGUCACGAAGCCGUGUCCACGUCAGAUAGAUGCUAUAAUAACAAUCUGGUUAUACGCGUUGGUUUUACUGUCAACAAUGUUUUUUAUCCACUAUACUGGUCGUGCUUUGACCAGGAUCGAUUGGAAGUAUUAUAUGUGUGGUAUGAGCAGAACCCACCAAACGCUGUACACCAAACGGAUGUCAGUAGACCGAGCUGGUCAGCUGGCGGCUUCUUCCCGGGUGUGGACAUUAACAAUCGUUAUACCCAAGUUCAACAGAAAUUGACUAUUGCUGCGUACGUUGGCAAUGAUCUAGCCGAAAAGUACGUCACCAACACGCAAUUCUUGGCACGUGGUCACCUGGCCGCCAAAACUGAUUUCAUUUAUGCGACUGGACAACGUGCCACCUUCUAUUUCAUAAAUUCCGCUCCCCAAUGGCAGCUUUUCAAUAGCGGAAACUGGAAUUGGCUUGAACAGAAUCUCCGCGCUCGAAUCGGACAAGCUGGCUACAACACCAUUAUAUACACUGGGACAUAUGGAGUAACUCAAUUGCGGAAUGCGAAUAACAGUUUUGUUGACAUCUACCUCCAUAGAGAUAGUAACAACAAUCCACAGGUGCCUGUGCCGAUGUACUAUUACAAGGUUGUGUACGACGCAACACGCCGCCUCGGCACCGCGUUCGUCGGCAUCAACAAUCCCCACUACACCUUGACGGAGGCACAGGCCUUGCAGUUCUGUAAUGACCGGUGCCGUAACAACAAUGCCUUCGACUGGCUCGGCUGGAGGCCCGAUCGCGUCGACCUCGGCUACAGCUUCUGCUGCACCGUCGACGACUUCAGAAGUUUCGUUCCGCACCUUCCUGCUUUCGCCGUUGACGGAUUACUCUCG